UUCCUAUCAUCAUAAAGGCAUCUUUAGCCGAGGAUGGCUUUAAGGAGUGCGAACAUGCUGUCAAGCAUUGGGCAUCAUCAUCUCUCAAUUCUGAAGUUAAAAAUGACAAUCAUUUAUUACGGGACUUGCUCUUUUUCCUUCACAUACCUCGAACAGGAGGACGUACAUAUUACCAAUGUUUCUUGACGAAGCUGUACUUACACUCACAGCACUGUUCGCGCUCUUAUGAUAAGUUACGGGUGGAUCCAAGAAAUCCAAACUGUCGAUUAUUAAGUACUCAUGAUGACUAUAGCAUCAUGUAUAAACUUCCCAAGGAGAAAACUUCAGCAGUGACAAUACUUAGAAACCCUGUUGAACGUGUCUUUAGCGCUUAUGAAUUUUCUGUGGAGGUGGCAUCUCGGUUUCUGAUGCAUUCUAACUUAACUGCUGCGGAAAAAGUAGUUAGACGGCCACGCCAUGAGGGGCUUGGAGUAAGCACUCUGGAUAUCUGGCCAUGGAAAUAUCUGGUUCCUUGGAUGAUAGAAGAUUUAUUUGCCCGAGUUGAAUUUAACCUUGACAAUCUUCAAGAGAAGAAAGAUGCUAGAGAACAUAGAGGACAAUCUUAUACAGUGAUCAAUAACUCCUACAAUAUGGAAGACAUGUUUAUGCCUCUACAUGAAUACAUAAAUGAACCUAUUGUUCAGGACAUUGUCCACAAUGGAGCCACUUUCCAGAUUGCUGGAAUCACAAACAACUCCUAUUUAAAGGAAUCACAUGAAGUGCGCCAUUGUGUACUCAAGUAUCCGACCCUUGGAAAAUCUGUGCUUGAAGUUGCAAAGGUAAUUAUGGAAGAAGAGGUUGGACAAUAUGCUGUAUGUUGGACUUACCGAGAACCACAAAGAAUCAGCCUCGAUGUUUGCCAAUGUGGUCGGUGCACAGGCGAUUUCUCAGUUAUCAACGUUGAGUUCUAA